AUGCGGGUCGAAUUCGGAAUCAAGGGGCAGUGGGGAUUCAUCAAAGGCACAGAACAAAAACCCCAGCCUGACGAUCAAAUCAAUCUUCUCAAAUGGGAAAAAGAAGAUAUGACGGUUUUCUCAUCAAUUCUGAACAACAUAGAGCCACAGCUAAUGCAUAAUCUCGCUGAGUAUCAAACAUCAAGGGCCUUAUGGGAGGCACUAGCAGUAACCUAUGGGGCAGGGACAGAUUCGUUUCAAAUCUACCAUCUACAGAAUGAAGCUGCUAGACGGGUACAAGAAAAUCAGACACUUGAGGCGUACUGGAAUGACCUCCAAGGCCUAUGGUUGGCUAUUGACCGUCGCCGACCAAACCCCAUGACUGGCGACAACAACAUCACAGCAUACAACAAAAUUACCCAAGAAAACAGACUCUUUAAUUUUUUGGGUGGACUGAAUGGUGACCAUGACAGUAUCAGACGAGAAAUUCUCCGAGAAGACCCACUUCCCUCAGUGGAGGCCGCGUACGGGAAAGUUCGGAAGGAGGCCGCCCAACGCCGGAUUAUGACGCCGGCAACCAGAUCCGGUCCCGUCGCAGCCUCUCCAUCAUCGGGAACAGAAAUUGGCAUGGGAUUAGCAUCAAAAUAUUUUUCCGACCGACAGAAAUACCAACCAUCAGAGAAUCGAAAGAAUACAGGCGGAGGCCCGAAAAAAUUAGACAAAUCGAAACUCUUUUGCACUCACUGUAAUAGAUCAAAGCAUACAAAGGAGACCUGUUUUUUACUUGUCGGAUUUCCCGAAUGGUGGGAGGAUGGCCAUAAGCCGGGGAAGCCCAACAAUAUGAAAGCCGCCGCGGUGACCGGAACCACAGAAAUUGCGAACUCCGGCGGCAGCUUCGGAAUGAUGGCAGCCAUGAGUAGCGGAGAUGGGGUGCAUACCGGGACGACAGCACCGGCGGCGUUGAACGGACCAGAGGCAGCGGCAGGAAAGGGCGCCGGCACAAGCAGCGGCAGCAAAGGGGUGACAGGACAUUCUUACACAGGAGAUAAUUGGGCGUGGUACUGA